AACCAACGGUUGAGAUGUGAGUGUGGAUUGAAGGGAGAAAACUGGUUUCACCGGUUAUGGUAAAGCCGAGCAAGUACACAGCCAUUUAAAAGGGUGUUUUACCCUAUCCAUCCCGCCCUCUUUCUCUCCCUAAACUUCUGCAAGCAGCCCUCUCUCCCUCAAUCCGUCACCAGAUGCCCCUGUGUAGCCUCUCUCUCUCUCUCAAUGCAACCCUGGCCAUGCAGCCCUCCCUCCCCCUCCUUCAAUCCCUACCACCACAAGUAGGGACAACCCGCCCGCCGCCACCUCUCUGUCUCCCUCUCCCUCUCCCUUAUGUAGACCUCAAAGUGAUCGGCUUAAGAAUACAAAUGACCAUAUCGCUUGGGACUGGGAGUGAUGAAGUGCAAGCGUGCAUGAUUGAUAAGCAACCCAGUGGCAGUAGUGGAGGUGAUUUGUGUGGGAGCCAUGGUCUUGAAACACAACUCAAGCUUUAUGGUACGGAGGCCAAAGAACUCAAGUGGGGCCUCAACUACAGAAAUUCAAAGAACAUACUUGUUGGAAGAUUAAACAGAGAAGAAAAGAAGGAAAAGUUUAAAAAGAAUAAAAAUAAACACUAAGUUGUCUACUCCCUAUCUUUUGUUGUGGUUUUUUCUUUCUUUUUUUCGUGGAUUAUUUCUCUUUUUCUCAAGUUCAUCCUUACUGUCAUGGGUUUGUAAGCCAUGAAGUCUUUAUCUGUAUUAGCUUAGAUGAGUUGAUCAAUCAAGGCAUUUACUAUCAAUGGUAAGAGACGUCACAUUUUUAUAA